AUGGCCAUGAAGCGGAUGGGAGGAUGGUUCUCAACCUCAUCCAAAUCCAGCCUGGGCCCCAGCAGGUCGCUGACAGCCCUCGACGAGCCACAUGCCUGUGAGACACGCACACCUUUUUGGCGGCAGACGGGGAUUCGAGACUGACGGAGUGCAGUAGAAGAGAUGCUGCGAGCCGCGAGCCUGAUCAUGAAUGAUGGUAUAUGCCUUGUGUCCUUCCGCGUGUCAGCACGUACUGACGGGAGCACCAGAGGUCGAUCUCGCCGAAACAGAACUCAGCAAAGGCAAUUCGCCAUUCCAUAAGGUGCGAGAUAGUAGCCAAUGGACCUCCCGCUCGCCUGAGCUGAUCGCCGAGGUCAAAGUAGCUCGGAUCUUCGACAUUGUUAUUCCUCAGAGCAACCCUAGGCUUCGAGAAAGAGAUCAUGGAGCAAGCAGGCGUCAGACUUGCGGAUACCGAAGAGUCGGCCAGUGAGCACCAUCGACGCGCAAUCCGGAGUCCAUCCGCUGCGCAUCAGAGCAAGAUAUACCCGAUAGGAGCCGAGUUUGCCCUCGUGAAUGCGGAGAGCCAGCUCAUGUCUGCCGUCAUCGCUGUCCUCAGUGAGAGUCUCACGGAGAGCUUGCGAGGGUUUUACAAAUUGCGGAAAGCCUUUGGGACGUUACAAGAGAUUGUCGAGGCCGAGAACCGAUAUCUGGAAAAGUACAAAUCAAGCUCCAAGUCUUCUUUGGCUACUUCUAGUACGGCGCAGUCAACUCCGAGCUCAAGCACAAGACUUCCGGCACAGCGAACGAACGACGAGCCUCCUCCAGAUCGCGCCGGGGACAAAGACGACGAUUUGGAUUUCAAAGAUGCGGAAGAGGGCUUGAGUGAACAACCCACCCCAAUUGACUACCAGGGCCAUCUAGACCUGCCCGAUGUGUCCAAGAUACAGAUUCAGAAAUCCGAAGACGUCAAAGCCCACUCGAAUGGGGAAAGCGCCCAGGACUUCGGAAAUGGCGAAUCUGCAGAGUCGGCAGCGCAAGCAGAGGACGAGCUGGACUUCAAAAAACUCACAUCGGAUCCGAUCGAUCUCUAUAUCCACUCGGGCACGGCGCUCUGCUACGGUCUCUUACAGCUCAUGAUUUCCAUGAUUCCGCCGGCUUUCUCCAAACUCCUUUCCAUCCUGUCCUUUCGAGGAGAUCGUGAAACAGGACUCCGACUGCUCUGGAGAGCCACAUCGUUCAAGGCGAACAUCAAUGGCGCGAUGGCAGCAUUGCUCGUCCUCGGAUACCACAAUGCCGCAGUUGCCUUGUGUGAUAUCCACAGCCGAGAGGCCUUGCCUGAAGCUCGGUUGCAUGCUCUGCUAACUGACAUGCGGUCGUUGUAUCCCAAAUCUGCAAUGUGGGUACUGCAGGAGUCUGGCAUGUCGUGCGCUCAGCGAAAGCUGGAAAGGUCACUCGACAUACUCACGAACAAUCCCACGCAAUCGCCCUUGAAGCAGGUCGAGGCUUUAAGAGUAUUCGAGACAAGCUUGGUUUGCAUGUUUCUCCAUCGCUAUCAAGAAUGCGCCGACUCGUUCUUGAAGUGUAUCAAGCUCAACAACUGGUCUCAUGGAUUGUACUACUACAUUGCUGGUUGCUGUCACGUUGAGCUAUACCGCUCGUGCCAGGAUUCCGAUCCGGAGAAGGCAACCGAGCACAAGGAAUCCGCCACUGCGAUCUUAGGCAAAGUCACAGCCCACACGGGGAAGAAACGUCUCAUGGCCCGGCAACUCCCACUAGACGUCUUCAUCAAUCGCAAAAUAGCGAAAUGGACCCACCGAGCCAAAACACGCAAUUGCGAUCUCAUCGAUGCCGUCGGCGUCAGUCCAAUCGAGGAAAUGAUGUGAGUCCAUCCGAUAAUCAUGUUUACCCGUAGUAGAAAUCUCAAUUGACCCUCCGUCUCUGAAAAUAGCUAUUUCUGGUCCGGCUUCAAACGCAUGUCCGAAGACCAACUGCAAGCCUCCCUCCAACGCCUGUCCUCCUCCUCCCCCUCUCCCAUCUCAUCCUCCGAACCCGCCGACGAACUCGCCAUCGCCGCUCUCCUCCGCGCUACCUGUCUCCGCGGCCUCGGCCGCAUCUCCGAAGCCCAGGACCUCCUACGCGAAGGUGUCCUCUGCUACGAAUGGCAUCAGAUCAAAGCCUGCGAUCACGCGGACAACUGGCCGACCCCGGUCGCGUAUUAUGAAUUGAGCGUCUGUGCUUGGCACCAGGCCGGCGGACAGGAUGGCGAUCGAGACCUUUUGGAGAAGGCUAGUGAGAAUUUGAGAGUGGUCGAGAAGUGGGAGAGUUUUGAUUUGGAUGCGAGGAUUGGGUUGAAGCUUACCACUGCGAGGGAGACUCUGAGUCGGAUCACGAUUGCGUGA